AUGGAUGAAAAACGGAUCAGAGUCACCGAGGUGGACUGGCAGCUGUCAAGAAAUGGUGCCGUGCACCACACCCAGGAGUACCCCGGCCCAGAGCUGGUGGUUCGCAGGGGCCAGAUGUUCACCUUCACAUUGGAGCUGAGCUGUCCCCUGGACAGCAAGGAGACCCUCAUCUUCACGGUGGAGACAGGACCCCAGGCUUCUGAGGCUCUGCGCACCAAAGCUGUGUUCCAGGCAUCGGAGUUGGAGGUGCAAAAUGCCUGGACAGCAGUGAAGGAGGCUCAGGAGGAGAACACAGUGACCAUCGGCCUCACCAGCCCUCCCAAUGCCGUCAUUGGCCGCUACGUGCUGAGCUUCAGGGUUUCCUCUCGCCGCAAACACAGCAACAGGAAGCUGGGCGAGUUUGUUCUCCUUUUCAACCCAUGGUGCUCAGAGGAUGACGUGUUUCUGGCCUCAGAGGAGGAGAGACAGGAGUACGUGCUCAACGACAGCGGGAUCAUCUUCCGCGGCGUGGAGAAGCACAUCCGAGCCCAAGGCUGGAACUUCGGGCAGUUUGAAGAGGACAUCCUGAACAUUUGCCUCUCCAUCCUGGACCGAAGCCCCAGUCACCAAAAAGACCCAGCCACCGAUGUAUCCUGCCGCCAUGACCCCAUCUAUGUCACCAGGAUCGUCAGCGCCAUGGUGAACAGCAACAACGACCGGGGCGUGGUUCAAGGCCAGUGGCAGGGCAAGUACGGCGGCGGCACCAGCCCACUGCAAUGGCGGGGCAGCGUGGCCAUUCUGCACAAGUGGUUCAAGGGCAGGUUCAAGCCAGUCAAAUACGGCCAGUGUUGGGUCUUCGCUGGAGUCAUGUGCACAGUCCUUAGGUGCUUGGGGAUCGCAACCCGGGUUGUGUCCAACUUCAACUCUGCCCAUGACACGGACAGGAACCUGAGUGUGGACAAAUACGUGGACUCCUUCGGGCGGACCCUGGAGGACCUGACGGAAGACAGCAUGUGGAAUUUCCAUGUCUGGAAUGAGAGCUGGUUUGCCCGGCAGGACCUGGGCCCCUCUUACAAUGGCUGGCAGGUUCUGGAUGCCACCCCCCAGGAGGAGAGCGAAGGGGUGUUCCGGUGCGGCCCGGCCUCAGUCACUGCCAUCCGUGAGGGUGACGUGCACCUGGCCCAUGAUGGCCCCUUUGUGUUUGCGGAGGUCAAUGCUGACUAUGUCACCUGGCUCUGGAAUGAGGACGAGAGCAGGGAACGUGUGUAUUCUGACACGAAGAAGAUCGGGAGGUGUAUCAGCACCAAGGCGGUGGGGAGCGACUCCCGCGUGGACAUCACGAAUCUCUACAAGUAUCCAGAAGGGUCCCGGAAAGAGAGGCAAGUGUACAGGAAGGCCCUGCGGAAGCUGUUCGGUGUGGAAGCAUCUGGAAGGAGGGCCCGGGUUCGCAGGGGCGGCGGCCGUGGUCUCUGGCGUGACGACCUCCUAGAACCCACCACCAAGCCCAGCAUCACCGGCAAGUUCAAGGUGCUGGAGCCGCCCUUGCUGGGCCACGACCUAAAGCUGGCCCUGUGCUUGACCAAUCUCAUCUCCCGGGCCCAGCGGGUCCGAGUCAACCUGAGCAGUGCCACCAUCCUCUACACCCGCAGGCCGGUGGCAGAGAUCCUGCGUGAAUCCCACACUGUGCGGCUGGGGCCGGAGGAAGAGAAAAAGAUCCCAAUCACAAUAUCUUACUCUCAAUAUAAGGAAGACCUGACAGAAGACAAGAAGAUCCUCUUGGCUGCCAUGUGCCUCAUCACCAAAGGAGAGAAGCUCCUGGUAGAAAAGGACAUUACUCUGGAGGACUUCAUCACCAUCAAGGUGCUGGGCCCAGCCAUGGUGGGGGUAGCAGUUGUAGUGGAAGUGAUGGUAGUCAACCCCCUCUUGGAGAGAGUGGAGGACUGUAAGCUGAUGGUGGAGGGCAGUGGCCUUCUUCAGGGACAGCUGAGCAUCAAUGUGCCCAGCCUAGAGCCCCAGGAGAGGGCCUUGGUCCAGUUCAACGUCACCCCCUCAAAGAGUGGCCUGAGGCAGCUGCAGGUGGAUCUCAUCAGCUCCCACUUCUCGGACAUCAAGGGCUUUGUAAUUAUCCACGUGGCCAAAGCCAAGUGA